CAACAAUAGUCCACCGCGGAACAACGGUGGUGGCGGCGGUGGCAGUGGCGAGCGCGACAGCACAGGUGCCAUCCGCCUGUGUUGGCAUUUUUGCAAGGACACUCCUUGCUCCAACAAGACUCAUAAGAAAGGCGGCAAAGUCUACUGUGAUAAGGGUCUUCAUCCGACCAAGGCUGGCGACAUCUCCAAGAACGAAUACGAGAAAGUACGCAAGGGUGGUCUCGGCAAGAGAAUCCUGGGAAAAACCGACUUCGAGAGCUGGCUGAAGGAGUCCAGCAAGGAGAAAGACGAUCGGUCGAAGUCCCGCUCCCGCACGCCGAAGCGCAGCAGGGACUAA